UCGCGGCUAAACAAGAAACCGGUUGCAGCUGCGGUUGGAAUUUAUUCUCGUAUACAUUUUUUCCUUAUUUAGAAAAAUUAAAUAAUUAAAAUUUUACAUACCCAAAACGUAAUGGAAGAACGUAGUGCAUAUCCGCCUGCGCGGCCAGUAACAUUCGCCCCACAGCAACAGCCCUACGCCCAACCCAACUAUGGUACUAUGAAUAGCGACGAUGAACUGCCUCCACAACAUUUCAUGGUGUACGCGGAAGACGAUACAGAACCUCCCACAUAUCCACCAAUAAAUGGUGAUCCACAGGAGCAGGGGUGGUUCGCACGCAUGCAGAUAAAUAAACCGCAAUCGAACUCUGCGGGUGCAGCUGCAUUAGUUUUAAUGACCGGCGGAAUGAACAUUGCCUGGAGUGCUGGAUUUGGGCAGGUAAAAGGCUUCUUACCGGACACUCAUAUACUGAUCUGUUGGUAUAUUGCGGCGAUGAUUGGCGCUUUAGUCUCAGCAUUUAUCACUAAUCACAUUACCCGGAGGCCUAUAUAUCUAUUUGCCAGCUUCUUGGUGUUCAUUGGUGGCAUACUACUCGUUGCAUUGCCGAAUGAGCAUCGUGCAAUCGCUGCUGCGCGUUACAUAAAUGGUUUUGCCGUGGGUCUUGUGAUCGUGCCGAUGAUGGUGCUCAUUGGUGAGGAGGUGGUGCCACGUAAUCGUGGCGUAUCCGCUGCUUUGUUAGAAACUGGUAGCUUCGCAUUUGGUAUCUUUCUGCAAAUUAUUUUCUUCGUCUCAUACUCAACAUCCUCAUUCAGCCCCAUGAGGCUGCAUGGUAUUAUUGCUAUAAUUUACGCUUUGCUCACUUGUCUCUUUUCGUACUUCCUGGUCGUCGAAUCGCCUGUCUAUCAUCUACAACGUAACAAUGAGCACGCGGCCUUGGAUUGCUUACGUCGUCUACAGCGUCCUUGCACUGUUACACAAGAAUCAUAUCAGCUAUUGGAAGAGCACAAGCGUUAUAUUUCAGAAAGUGACUCCAGCGAGCAGGGAUUGCCGGCAUUGGCGAAGCUUUGUUUCUACCGCGGGUUGGUUGCGCUCUCAUUCUCUCCGGUUGUUACUUUAGGACUGAUGACAUCAGCUGUAAUAAGCGAAGGUGUGAAUGCUACAUGGCCUCUGGUAGUCUUCGGAAUAUUCAUAUUGUUAGGCGCUUAUGUUGCUGGCUUUGUGAUGGACAUGGUGGGUCGCAAGAUAAUUCUGCUGUCAGGUGCCCUAAUUUGCGGUGUCGUGGCCAUCACCAUUGGCGGAAUUUGCAAUGACUUAAUAAAUUUGCUUUUCUCAUCUAAAAUGUCUUCGGUGUUGUAUAUGCUUUUCGCGCUGCAAUUUUUUGCUGGCUUCUUCAAUAGUUCUGCUUCAGCGUAUAUGACGGAAGCGUUCCCACUACAUCGCAAGACCUAUUAUAUUGCGGCUUCAUUCAACGUGCAAAUGUUGGUAUGGCUCAUAGUCAACGCUUGCAACAUUGAUCCACAAAGUCUUGGCCCCUACUUUAUUACUUUUGGCGUAUUUUAUGUGGUAUUCUUCGCAAUAAGCUUCCUCGUAUUCCCAGAAACCAAGCAUGCUACUCUGCGUGAGGCUCAGCAAAAAUUCAGAGGCAUUUUAAAUGGCUGGUAGUAAAUAAGGUAUACAAGUCUAUAUAAUAUAUAUUUACUCCCGUAACAUUAAUUUUUGUCUAAUUUACUACACUAGCACAUAUUGAACCUUAAAUAAAAAAUAGGAAUUAAAUAAAUUAUUGAAAGUCAUAUUCGCUAUUUUUCGAAAGUAAAAGUAACUGCAAAACCCUUUUGUUUAACUGAUUGUGAAAAGGCAAUAAUGACAUCUUCAAAAGUUCCUCUAUUUGCAUAUUUUUGAGAUAUUUUUGCUCCAACUGAAGUAGUUUUCAUUGUUUUAAUAAGAUUUAGAUUU